CCCCCGGGAGGCGGGAGUGAUAAAAAAUCCGGGAGUGUGUGGGAGGCGGCGGCGCCCCUGGCGGCAGGAAACCCAGUUUCUUCUUCUGCAUAGACCCCUUUUCCCUUUUUGAAAAUCUGGAGAAGUAUACCAGUUCCCCCAGCUUCCCUGCACUCUUGCUUUUCGGACGCUUAACGGGACUUCAGUCGCCACAUCUGCUAGGCACUACUCUUGGCAGCCCAAACCAAAAGUAACAAGGAAUGGGUCCCUGAGUUUUGCCUAUCAGAAGCCUUUGGGGGAUAAAAGAUGACAACAGCAGCUAGGCCAACUUUUGAACCUGCAAGAGGUGGGAGAGGAAAAGGAGAAGGUGAUUUGAGCCAACUCUCAAAGCAAUAUUCAAGUAGAGACCUACCUUCUCAUACAAAGAUAAAAUAUAGACAGACUACUCAGGAUGCCCCUGAAGAGGUUCGCAACCGUGACUUCAGGAGAGAGCUGGAAGAGAGAGAGCGGGCUGCUGCAAGAGAAAAAAAUAGAGAUCGUCCAGCACGAGAACAUACAACCUCCUCAUCAGUGUCGAAGAAGCCUCGGUUAGACCAGAUUCCUGCGGCCAACCUUGAUGCAGACGACCCUCUAACAGAUGAGGAAGACGAAGAUGAAGAUUUUGAAGAGGAGAGUGAUGAUGAUGAUACCGCAGCUCUUCUUGCAGAACUAGAAAAAAUUAAAAAAGAAAGAGCUGAAGAGCAGGCCAGGAAGGAACAAGAACAGAAAGCUGAAGAAGAAAGAAUACGUAUGGAAAACAUUUUGAGUGGAAACCCUCUCCUUAAUCUCACUGGCCCAUCCCAGCCUCAGGCCAACUUCAAAGUUAAAAGAAGGUGGGAUGAUGAUGUUGUUUUCAAGAACUGUGCAAAAGGUGUAGAUGAUCAGAAGAAAGACAAAAGAUUUGUAAAUGAUACGCUGCGAUCUGAAUUUCACAAAAAGUUCAUGGAGAAAUAUAUUAAAUAGUACAGUUUUAUGUGCUUAAUUAAAGACUGUAAAAUGUAAACGAGCAUUCUCACUUUUCUUCUUUUUUUCUCUUUCCUAUUCUAAAUUGUGUAUAGGCUUCCCUAAUUUUAAGUUCCAAAAUAACCUCUCCUUUAUUGAUACCUUAUUUGAUGAGGACUUGGGAAUUGGUUUAACCUAGUUUCCAUUCUCUGAAUAUUUCCAGUCAUAUGUUUUCCUUUUAAUAUGGGAAAGGGAAUCUUGUAAUAAAUAUUUUCAAAAAUCGAAAUAACUAAAUCCGUGUCCCCAACUUUUUUGUUGAAAUGUAUGCAGCUUAUAAAACAUUGCAUAUUUUCUUUUGUGAAUUGUAUUUCUUUGUGCAUUAACUUCUCAUUUCUUUGACAUUAAAGUCACUUAAUGUGUGAUAUCUUCA